GGGAGCUUCUGCGGACGAUAUGUGGAGCAAUCGUGCAAGAGGAGUCAGUCCGACCUUGUCUGGCUCACAGUCCUGCGACUGGUUGUGCGUAAACGCUGCUAAAAUAGUUCGCGGUGUUUGAAGCCCCUUCCGGUGCGAACAACUUUGGCCCUCAUUCAUGCUUUUAUUCGCAACACAUCAGCGUCUGGUGCACAGGAAUAGAUCAGCACCACUCCAACCUCUUCCGCAUAUUGGAUUUCAAUGCAAAGAGAAGGUCGCCAACGUCUCUCCUAAGGAUUCGGGAAAUGAAGACUGCUUCUGACACGUACUCACUAUGUUUUAACUUUUCAAACGUUUUUUUCUGCGCAUUUUUGAUUAAGUGAUUUCCUUCAACUCGCGAAGCAUUUUCUCCCUGUGUGGGGAUUACUCGUUGCAUUGCUUCUUUUUUAACACAACCUAUAGUUUUGGGUGAGCUUGUGCUGUGUACAAUACAGUGCAAAUAUUCGAUUACAAUGUAUUUAUUUUAGGACAGCCUCUGCCCGUAGAAAGUGCCAAAUUAAGACGGAAUGGCGAACGAGUGUAAUCGCAACAUUGUGGAGAAGUAUAUCUGCCAUAAACUCUCAAAACGGGGCUUCGCGUUUGGCUUCGAUGAUGUCCGGGAUGAAGAGGCUGAUAAUAAUGGGUCGAUAGUGGUCCCUGCACCGACUUUGGUCCGCCGGUGCCGUGAAGCCAGCACCGGGCCUGACAGCGAGAGCACCCCCCAGCUGUGCAGACGGAUCCCCCAGCCCGACCCGGCCGUCGAGAUCCACAGAGUCCUGCGGGAGGCUGGGGACGAACUUGAGAGACUGUAUCAGCCGGACUUCACGGAGAUGUCUCGGCAGCUCUAUCUCACCUCCACCACGGCGCAGAGGAGAUUCUCCGAGGUGAUAGACGAACUGUUCCGGGACGGGGUGAACUGGGGCCGGAUUAUCGCUUUCUUCGAGUUCGGGGGCACGGUGUGUGUGGAGUGCGCCUCCAAGCAGGAGAUGACAUCGCAGGUGGACAACAUCGCGGAGUGGAUGACAGAGUAUUUAAACGGACCUCUGAGCAGCUGGAUACAAGAUAACGGGGGAUGGAUGUGCCCAUUACGCACCACAGCGCCAACGUUGGACAUGUUCGGCCUCACUUAUGAGCUGCUCUGA